ACUAUGAAGGCUGGCUUGAACCCAAAACACCACGGGCCAAAACAUCCAAACCAGACAGCUCCGUAAGGGUUCAAGGAAGGAGUGCAGUUUCAAGAGGACAGUUUGGAUCUUUAUUAGAAUUGUUUUGGUACAAUGAAGGGAGUCAACUGUAACUUGACAAUCGACGUCUUCAGAAACGCGAAAUACGUUCGCCUCAAGGAAUAUUGGGUCUUCUGCGCGGCCGUAGAUCUCCGCCAAGUGCGCUUGCGCGGAAGAGAAGAGGCGUCGAGUCCGGCAGGCAGUGGAGAGAACUGCGGUAGUGACCCUCGGACCUAACCAUGAAGACGCGGUUUAGCACCAUUGACCUCCGCGCGGUACUGGCGGAGCUGAACGCUAGCUUGCUAGGAAUGAGAGUAAACAAUGUUUAUGAUGUGGAUAAUAAGACAUACCUUAUUCGUCUUCAAAAACCAGACUUUAAAGCUACACUUUUACUUGAAUCUGGCAUACGAAUUCAUACGACAGAAUUUGAGUGGCCUAAGAAUAUGAUGCCGUCUAGUUUUGCCAUGAAGUGCCGAAAACAUCUGAAGAGUCGGAGAUUAGUCAGUGCGAAACAACUUGGUGUGGAUAGAAUUGUAGAUUUUCAAUUUGGAAGUGAUGAAGCUGCUUAUCAUUUAAUCAUUGAGCUCUAUGAUAGGGGGAACAUUGUUCUUACAGAUUAUGAGUACAUAAUUUUAAAUAUUCUAAGGUUUCGAACUGAUGAGGCAGAUGAUGUUAAAUUUGCUGUUCGUGAACACUAUCCACUUGAUCAUGCUAGAGCUGCUGAACCUUUGCUUACUUUGGAAAGAUUGACUGGAAUAAUAGCCAGCGCACCUAAGGGUGAACUACUGAAGAGAGUGCUUAACCCAUUACUUCCCUAUGGACCAGCUCUCAUUGAACACUGUCUUAUAGAAAAUGGAUUCUCGGGUAAUGUCAAAGUGGAUGAAAAACUUGAAACUAAAGGUCAUGGAGGGAAAGGGGAUGAUUCAAUAAAAGCUACUGGGACAAUAUGCUGGUCAAAAUAUAUUGAAAAAAUACUUGUUUGUCUGCAGAAAGCAGAAGACUAUAUGAAAACAACAUCCAACUUCAGUGGGAAGGGAUAUAUCAUUCAGAAAAGAGAAACAAAACCAAGUCUGGAAGCAGAUAAACCAGUUGAAGACAUACUCACGUAUGAGGAAUUUCAUCCUUUCUUGUUUUCUCAACAUUCACAAUGUCCAUAUAUAGAAUUUGAAUCAUUUGACAAGGCUGUGGAUGAGUUUUAUUCCAAGAUAGAAGGCCAGAAAAUUGACUUAAAAGCUUUACAACAGGAAAAGCAAGCAUUGAAGAAAUUAGAUAAUGUUCGAAAGGAUCAUGAAAACAGAUUGGAAGCUCUUCAGCAGACUCAGGAAAUAGACAAACUGAAAGGAGAGCUCAUAGAAAUGAACCUACAAAUAGUUGACAGAGCCAUUCAGGUAGUUCGAAGUGCUUUAGCUAGCCAAAUAGAUUGGACAGAAAUUGGGUUAAUUGUGAAAGAAGCCCAAGCUCAAGGAGACCCUGUUGCAAGUGCAAUCAAAGAAUUAAAACUACAAACAAAUCAUGGUACAAUGCUGCUAAGAAAUCCACACUUGUUAUCAGAGGAGGAAGAUGAUGAUGUUGAUGGUGACGUCGGUGUUGAGAAAAAUGAAACCGAACCACCAAAAGGAAAAAAGAAAAAGCAAAAGAAUAAACAGCUGCAGAAGCCUCAGAAAAAUAAGCCAUUACUUGUAGAUGUUGAUCUCAGCUUGUCAGCAUAUGCCAAUGCCAAAAAGUAUUAUGAUCACAAGAGAUAUGCUGCUAAGAAAACGCAAAAGACUGUUGAAGCUGCUGAGAAGGCAUUCAAAUCAGCAGAAAAGAAAACAAAGCAAACAUUAAAAGAAGUUCAGACUGUUACCUCUAUUCAGAAAGCAAGAAAAGUAUAUUGGUUUGAGAAAUUUCUGUGGUUCAUUAGCUCAGAGAACUAUCUAAUUAUAGGUGGACGAGAUCAGCAACAGAAUGAAAUAAUUGUGAAAAGAUACUUGACACCAGGAGACAUAUAUGUACAUGCUGAUCUUCAUGGAGCUACUAGCUGUGUAAUUAAGAAUCCAACAGGAGAACCCAUUCCCCCACGGACCUUGACUGAAGCUGGCACAAUGGCACUUUGCUACAGUGCUGCUUGGGAUGCACGAGUUAUCACUAGUGCUUGGUGGGUGUACCAUCAUCAGGUAUCUAAAACAGCACCAACUGGAGAAUAUUUGACAACAGGAAGCUUCAUGAUAAGAGGAAAAAAGAAUUUUCUUCCUCCUUCAUAUCUAAUGAUGGGAUUUAGCUUCCUUUUUAAGGUAGAUGAGUCUUGUGUUUGGAGACAUCGGGGUGAGCGAAAAGUCAGAGUACAGGAUGAAGACAUGGAGACACUGGCAAGUUGCACAAGUGAACUUGUAUCAGAAGAAAUGGAACAAUUAGAUGGAGGUGACACUAGCAGUGAGGAGGAUAAAGAGGAACAUGAAACUCCUCCUGUAGACAUAGAACUCAUGACUCAGGUUGACCAAGAGGAUAUCACUGUUCAGAGUGGUAGAGAAGAACUAAAUGAGGAACUCAUUCAGGAAGAAAGCUCUGAAGAUGAAGGAGAAUAUGAAGAGGUUAGAAAAGAUCAGGACCUGGUUGUUGAAAUGAAGGAUGAAGGGGAAGAGACAUUAAAUUACCCUGAUACUACCAUUGACUUGUCUCACCUUCAGCCUCAAAGGUCCCUCCAGAAGUUGGCUUCAAAAGAGGAAUCUUCUAAUUCUAGUGACAGUAAAUCACAGAGCCGGAGACAUUUGUCAGCCAAGGAAAGAAGGGAAAUGAAAAAGAAGAAGCUUCCAAGUGACUCAGGAAAUUUAGAAGUGAUAGAGGGAAAGGACAAAGAAAAAGAAAUUACUGUGCACGUUGAAACUCAUCAGAACACAAGCAAGAAUGUUACAGCUGUGCAGCCAAUGAAACGAGGACAAAAGAGUAAAAUGAAAAAAAUGAAGGAAAAAUACAAAGACCAGGAUGAAGAAGACCGUGAACUUAUCAUGAAAUUGCUGGGGUCUGCAGGUUCAAACAAAGAAGAAAAAGGGAAGAAGGGGAAGAAAGGAAAAACAAAGGAUGAACCUCUGAAGAAACAGCCCCAGAAACUCAGAGGUGGAGAAAGCGUCUCUGACAACAUUAAGAAAGAAAGUCCAUUUCUUGAGGUUAUUACUCAUGAGUUACAAGACUUCACUGUAGAUGAUCCACAUGAUGACAAGGAAGAGCAAGAUCUGGAUCAACAGGGAAAUGAGGAAAACCUGUUUGAUUCUUUGACAGGCCAGCCACAUCCUGAAGAUGUACUGUUGUUUGCCAUUCCAAUAUGUGCCCCUUACACCACCAUGACAAACUACAAAUAUAAAGUGAAACUUACUCCUGGAGUGCAGAAAAAGGGAAAAGCUGCAAAAACAGCCUUGAAUAGUUUCAUGCAUUUCAAAGAAGCAACAGCAAGAGAAAAAGACUUAUUCCGCAGCGUAAAGGACACAGAUUUAUCAAGAAACAUUCCUGGCAAAGUGAAAGUGUCUGCACCCAAUCUUCUGAAUGUAAAAAGGAAAUAGCUGAAAUGAAAUUCUAAAAAUAUUUGAGAAGACCCAAUUUUAUAGCCUUUUGGAAGUUCAAAGAUGAAAACACCAUGUUACAGGACUCAGCAUUAUAAAAAUGAACUAAACAUUGCCUUGCUAUAUAUAUUCACCAAAAGGACUUAAUUCUUGUUUUUUUUUCCCCCCAGUUUUAUAUAUAAGAAACACUGUCUAUGAUAGGAUUUCCUAAAACAUUUGUGGACAGUUAAAUGCUAAUUAUAUGCAUCUGUCAUUAUUCUACAUUAUCUUGAAGUUUGGAGGUUAAUAUUGUGUUCUUUUCAUGGUGUAAAGAAACUGAACAGUGAAGUGGCUUGAUUGCUUAAACUACUGACUUGUUAAGUCUACUGUAUGUAAUAGCUAAUAUAUAUAUUACAGUCCAGCCACAAGGGAUUUUUUUUUUUUUUUUGGUGCGGGGGAGGUUAAAUACUUAGGAUUGUGUCUUGAAAACUAAAUAUUGGAGUGGAUUUUCUUCUGCUUUCACCUAUACUUGUCAAAAAAUGUAUUAGACCAAAUGUAAAAUACAAGUAGUAAUUCUCAUGACUCUCAGCUUAAUAACUCCUAGAUAGAACUGGUGUUAAUCAUUUCUGUUCAUUUGUAGACCUUCAAGUUUGAUCUUAAUAUGUUCCUUGUAGUCUCAUUCAGUUCUGUACCAUUGUAAUUGCCACCUUUACUAAUUAAUUAUCAAUAUAGCAUGUUACAGAGUAUCUUAACCUAUACCAGAAGUGCAUUUUAGGCUAACCACUAAAGACUCCAAUGCAUUUUUCCUCUGUCUCCUAACAGAAUGGAGAAUGAAGUUAUCAUUAUUUCCAUCCUUUCACGAGCUACAAAACUUUGUAACUGACUGGACGACACCUGCCUGUAGUGAGCAUGACCACUUGUUCCAGUGCCUACACUGAAGCAUUAAGGUCAAAGUACUAAAUAGCUGUUGAUCCCUCUAUACUUUAUUUUUCCAGCUUAGUCAUAAUG